AUGUUUGGCCAAAAAAUACAAUUAAAACUUUGGAGACUUAUUCGUCAAUUCCUGGACUUCAUAGCCGUUAUAAUUGGUCUCAGAUUUCAGACACAACGCCUGUAUUUGCCUCCCAUUACGGACCGCAUACUACUGGAGCCGGCAGUUGUGCUGAGCGCUCGUAUUAAAAGUGGCAAGCUAAAGUGCGAGACACUGGUCAGGGCGUAUAUCGCCCGGUGCCGUGAAGUGCAGCCACACAUCAACGCCAUUAUAGCAAACAGAUAUGAAUCGGCCAUAACUGAGGCCCAGGUGGUGGACAGGAGGGUGAGGGCCGAGUUGGACGGCCAGAACCCGGUGCUCAACGGGCAGUCCAUACACUCGCAGCCAUUACUAGGCAUACCAUUCACUUGUAAGGACUCAUUCUCGGUGUUGGGUAUGCCCUGGACUAGCGGUCUGUACGCCAGGAAAGGCAUUACUGGCCCGACGGACAGUCGUGUCAUAGAGUUGUUACGCAAUGCCGGAGCUAUUAUGAUAGCGAUGACGAACGUACCGGAGCUGAUCAUGUGGUGGCACUCGACUAAUAUACUGUACGGUAGGACUAAUAACCCGUACGACAAGAGUCGAGUGCCAGGGGGUAGUUCAGGGGGCGAGUGUGCGCUUAUGGCCAGUGCUGGCAGUUUGAUUGGAGUUGGUUCAGAUAUCGGUGGGUCUAUUAGAGAGCCCUCAUAUUUUUGCGGUGUUUUUGGCCACAAGACUACUAACGGUGUUGUGUCCACACAUGGUAUUUACCCCGAGUUUGGUAACAAAAAACAAAAGUUACUGUGUGUUGGCCCAUAUGCCGCAGACCUAAAGCCUGUACUAAAAAUGAUGGCCGGAGACAAUGCACCCAAACUACAACUCGAUAAAACAUUUAAUAUCAAAAACAUCAAGGUCUAUUACAUGGAGGGCCACAAUAACCCGGGUGUUAUUCCAGUACAGCCCGAUGUUAAGCAAAAACUGUUAAAAUGUGUGGACUAUUUGCGAGAUAAAUGUGCCGAUUGUGAGCCCCUAUACCUAAAAGAAUUGGAGUUAGGGUUUGAUAUAUGGAUGUGCGCUAUGACUGACUCGAAGGCCCCGGCCCUGGAACGAGAGUUGGCUAAUCUCGAUGGCAGCAUUAAUCCCUAUAUUGAGCUAUGUAAAUCUAUGUUUGGUUUGUCCAAGGUGAUAAUGGAGUACUCAUCCCAGGUGAAAGUGUCGACCCCGUUGGCCACCCUAUGCGCCGCUCUGCCCACGGAGUUUGUCGCGUAUCUGGAGUACUGUCGCCGCCUGGGCUUCAAGUCUACGCCCGACUAUCGCUAUCUCCGCCGACUCUUUCGCACUCUCGCCCACAAUAAGGGCUACGCUUACGAUAACGACUUCGAUUGGAAACAUGUGUAG